AUUGGAUAUUUUUUGUUUCAACGAGCUCACACUACUAAUUUCAAUAUGAGUGACAAUCAUUAUCAUUGUCAAUAUACUGAUGACACAGACAGUAACCAUAAGACAAAAUCUUCUUCUUCAUCUGCAAAGCGAAAGUCAAUCCGGUCAAAUAAGAAGAAGUCGCUAACGGAUGAUACACACAGUGACCAUAAGACAAAAUCUUCUUCUUUAUCUUCAUCUGUCAACUGCCAAGCAAAAGUCAAUCUGGCCAAAUAAGAACAAACCGCUAACGGAUGAUACACAGAGUGACCAUAAGAAACAAUCAAGACUUAGCGGAACCUAGUAAAACAAUGGCAGGACGCGGUAGAGGAAAGCCUGCUAUGUCCUUUUCCAUGGAUCAGUUGGGCGCUUCUAAAGGAGAGUCGUUACCAGCUCCAGUUCUGCAACCAUCGCCAUGUUACCCCCCGUUGGAGCGGAAGCCUCCACCUAUCGAGAUGACCGCAGAAAUGAGCUACCUGGUGGAGCUCAAGAGGGAUUUCACGGAAUAUAUGCGUGAGUCCCCAAAUUAUGUGACACUUGCCGUAAAAAACGAAGACAUCGAGCGGUAUUGUGAGGAUUUCGAGGAGGCUAACGAUGAUACGGCCUACGAGGCCUAUCAUGACUGGGAUUUAAUGCCAGCUGAAUUGAGAACGUCGAAAAAACCAAAAAUCCCCAACCCGAACGUGGGAUCUAGCAGGAAGAAGAAGGAGGUGGAUAUUGCGAAGAAACUGGCGGAAUUGGAGAAAAAAGAAAGCACGCAGCAAACUGCGGAAGAAGAGGAAAAAGAGGAAAAGGAUGAGGAGAACGACGAAGAAAAGGAGACGGAAGAGCGUGUAAAGGAAGAAGAAGAAGACGAGAUGGACGAUGGGACUGACUACGUGCUUGAAUACUUCGAGAAUGGCGACAAUUACUAUAGCGAAGAUGACAAUGAUGACGAUCAAUGUUUCGACGGAUAAACCUUGCGUAGGAUAUGUUGGAAAAUUUUUUUUAUAUCUCUUGGUAUUGGCGAUCUGUUUUCAGGACUCUAACGAGCUGCAAAUCAUGUAAAUAUAAAUCUCAUAUGUGUUUUUAUUAUUUUAUUUAAUAAAAUCGGAUUGUUGUGUGUCAUCUAAAAUUUUGCAUGAAAUUUCUAUUCGGAGAAAACCCUGAAUAGCCGCGAGUUAAACUGAACAAAAAUCGCGUGGCUCAUUAAAUAUAAAUACAGAUUGAAUAAGUGGCA